CGGCUCGCUGGUGUUGUGUUGUUCGGCACAUGAGAAAAGUUUGAGAAAAAGUUUUGAAACGAUAACAUUUUAGCGCAAUCUAAUUUCCUGACAAAUCGGCGCGUCUGUUUGUCGGCUGCUGGUAAAUUCCCUAUGUGAAACAGCGUUUAUUAUUAUUUUUUUUUACUAAAUAUUUAAUCAAAUUAAUAUAUAUAUAAAUAUAUACAUUAUUCUCCCUUGUCGUUCGUUUUAAUGUCGGUAUUUCUGCAAGACGUCCGUGCCUCCGCGCUGCCUCUUAUUCAUUUGGCAGAAGAGAGGAGCCCGCGUCCGAGGAUACAAUGAAGCAGUGUGUCCUUGUCCGAGACAAUGCAGCAGGAUGCUACGAGGGGACGAUACUGUUUCUUACAGAACCAUGGACGUUUUUGCUCGAUCGCAGAGAGAAACCAGCUCAAGAAUGAAGCUUCAGCCUCUGCAUGACAAAUUAUGACCAACACACAGACCAGACUUUAGACGUCCAAGUACAAAGCCAGGACUCAAGAAUGAAGACCAAAUAUGCAAUCGUCUUCAUUUGCAUUAUUGCCCUGGUCAUCCUCGAAAAGGAAAGCAAUAUCCUGUCAAGGGUCUCUGAUAAGCUGAUCCAGAGGCAGACUCCUCAGCAGACCCCACAGACUCCAAUGGAUUACAGCAACACAACAGAAAACGGCUCCCUGACAGUGCUCAAAAUGCUGCUUUCUAAACUCACCGGUACAAAAGGGAAUUACACAAAUUUCUCUGAGGAGCAAGAGGAAGACAACCUGGAUGAUUUAGACACGUACAAAUACAGCGGUGGCCGUAAGCACAUAUUACUCUUGGCCACCACACGAACAGGUUCUUCAUUUGUGGGGCAGUUUUUCAACCAGCACGGGGAGAACAUGUUCUACCUGUUUGAGCCUUUGUGGCACGUCGAGCGCAUGCUGACCAUGGCUGCGGAGGCAAGCAAUGGGACAAUAUUGGCAGGAGUCUACCGGGAUGUACUCCAAGGGCUUUUCCUGUGUGAUUUCUCUCCUCUUGAGAAGUUCAUCUCUCCACCACCUCGGGGCCACGUCACCACGUCUCUUUUCCGCAGAGAGUCUAGUUUAUCGCUCUGUGAAGAACCUGUCUGCACUCCUGUAAUCAAAGAUGUUUUUGAGAGGUAUCACUGUAAGACUCGUCGAUGUGGGCCGCUGAACUUGACCCUUGCAUCUGAAUCCUGCCUUUCCAAGCAACACCAUGCCAUAAAGACUGUCCGUGUGCGCCAGCUGGAAACUUUGCAGCUUUUGGUGGAGGAUCCUCGCCUGGAUGUGAGAGUCAUCCAGCUAGUCCGAGAUCCACGGGCCAUUUUAGCAUCCCGCAUGGUGGCUUUCUCUUCAAAGUGCCAAACGUGGAAGGCCUGGGCGCAGGACGGCCAGGUGCCUGAAGAUGAUGAAGAGGUGAGGAGGCUCAAAGGAAACUGUGACCAAAUUAGGAUGUCUGCAGAGGUGGGACUGAGCCAACCUCGCUGGCUGAGGAGCCGCUACAUGUUAGUGCGUUAUGAGGAUAUUGCUCGCUACCCUAUGCAGAAGGCAGAAGAUAUGUACAGGUUUGCAGGGAUACCAUUCAGUCCCCAAGCUAGGGAGUGGAUUCUGAGGAACACCCAGACCACACAGGAAGCUAGCGGGAUUUACUCCACUCAGAAGAAUUCAUCAGAGCAGGCAGAGAAAUGGAGGUUUAGCAUUCCCUUUACACUGGCACAGGUAGUCCAGAAGGUGUGUGGUCCCACCAUGAAGCUGUUUGGGUACAGGUUUGUGGAAGAUGAAAAGACACUGAUCAAUAUGUCCAUAAGUUUGCUUGAGGAAAGACUGUUUCAGUAGUUUUAAUGUAACAAACGUAGCCGUGAAUCUGCAGGACUCUGCACUCGACGGCUCGGAGCCAAGAGAAGCCAUUAUUGCACAGACCAAAACUAGUAAGCAAAGGUGCCAUAAAAGACACAACAUGUUUUACUGGUGACAGUAAUUGGGCCAUACAGUAAUAUUCAUACUUACCAAUUAUGUGCCUCAUUGUAACAAUGAAGAGCCACUUGACAAAAAAAAAAAAAAAAAUUUAUUUGCAUAGUAUGUUCACUGAGGAGCCUGGUACGUAAGUUUUAUGUCAUGCUCUGUGUUUCAUAUAUAUGAAAGAAGCAACUCUGUCAACCUGACAGAUAACCCGAGAUUAUUAUCUAAGAUUUUAUUGAUAGUUGAUUGUGUUUAGAUUUUUAGGGAUAAACUACAGUGAAAGUGAAAGUGAUGUGUGUGUUUUGUUUGUGUGUGGGUGUGUGUGUGGGUGUGUGUAAGAGUGGAUGUUUCCGCUCGUAUGGUUAAUGACGCUAGCGCUUAAUAGUGCCUAGUUCAACCUGCUUUGUAUUUUAAUAGAUCUGCACUAGACUAGGCAACUGAUAUUAUCACUUUAGAUUAGACAUGAUGUGUGUUGAUAGGGCUUUUCAUAACUGACUCAGGUAAAGUGAAUGUUGAAUUGCAUUUUGUGCCGUCUUCAUAAGAAGAAUUCAUAUCCUCCCAAAAGCACACUGUGUGAAAAUACACUGUGAUCUCUGUUGUCUGUAACCAAAUACCAUUUAAAUCAGUUUUCUUGUGAUGUAAUUCACACGAGACCCCAGGAAAUACCAUAGAAACAAGGUCAGUUAAGAUCAGUAUAAUACUCAUGAGGCCAAAUUAAAUGAAGUAACACUAUAGAAGAAAUUUACUUUACCAGUUAUCCACAUGUGUCUUCAACAUUCAAGUGCUGUUUUUCUUAGUAGCUAGGCUGUAGCCAUAAUUGCAGUAAUGUUUCCAAGUGCUGCUUCCCAAAGUUUAAGCAAACAGGAAGUUCGGGUGACAUUUUUCAAAAGCAGCUUCUCUGGUAAUAACCUGCUGAAAGACAAAGUGUUAAGAACUGAUCCAUUUGUGUCAGACAAGUUCAUGGACACACGAAUGAAAAUGUUGACUUUUUUAAAUUACUUCCCAACUUAAAGUAAUAAAAUCACCAGAACUAUUACAACAUGCAACAUUCGCAAAUUAUAAGUUGUGAGAUUCUUGUAUGUUGAUGACAAAUAAUAUUCACAGCACACAUAUGUAACUGUAUUAAUGUUGCCUAUCGCUUUAAGUGAAACCCAGGUGCUGUUGUGUUAACUGUCACUCUUGAUGGUAUAUAAAGGUAUCCACUGUGACUCUAGUUCAAUGGCAGCAUUGUGUUCAGCUUGGCUGAGGCACUGCUGAAACUGCCAUGUCCCUCAUGGAAAAGGGAUAUGCAUUACAGGUACAUAUAGGCUAGUAGUGGACUUAUACUACCAUAGUGUUGAAAACAUGAAUAUGAAUACUGGUAAGCCUUGAGUUGCUUAAAUAUUUAAGCCAAAAAGAAUGCUGUGAAAUACCAAGAGCAACUGAAACAAGGGGUGUAGUCAGAGUAUGCAUUCAACUAAUUCAGAUACCAGUACAACAUUUUGCUUUCAAGCUGUUUUAAUGGUGAUUUUUACAAAGCUGAGAUCAAGUAAUUUCAAUGCUUGAGCCAAAUAGCUGAAUGGCCAUAUAAAAUCUGACUAUUUACUUCUUGUCAUGCCUGUAUUUUAGUGUUUUAGUAUUCAGUGAGGUCAAAAUUCAAGAAUAGAAUGUUUUUGGUUUCAAGUUUAAAGGCAAAGCUUUAGGGCGUCAAAUCUCAAGUUCGUCAAGUCUCACAGCAGUCAAGUCCAAAUCAAGUCCAGUCUCAUUUUUGUAGUUUUUGUCUUAUUGAGUCCAAAUCAACAGUUCUGGUCUACAUGAAUUUUCAGCCGUAUACUGAAGCAAUUAUCAAUUUGCUAAACUGUGGCUAAAUACAGUACAUGUAUUUCAGGCAAUCAGCCUCCUCAAAAAUUAAUGUUUUGACCAGACUGAGGAUACGGAUAUGGGUAUGAUACAGUGACAAAUGAUUUGAGAAGUUUCUUUGGAUGUUUUGAAACUUGUCUUUGCUGUGAAAUGUGUUAACCUAAAUGAGCAAAAUGCGAAUAAGCCAUAUUUUAACACAAGGAGGGUGAAUGUUUGAUACUCAAGAGUUUUGGUGGAAGCUCACUUUAAAAGACAAAGAAGACGGUAAUGGUGUCAUAGAUUGUCCAAGUUAUGAGUUUCUUUUAUGACUUAAUCUCAGUGUUUACUAUUAAAAGUUUUUUUUUUUACUUUUACAUUCUAGUUGCUCUUUCAGAAGAAAGAAAGGGCCUAUGCACAGAUUAUGCUUAAGCAACUAGAAAUGUGUCACACAGAUGUAAUUCUUCUGUUGAAAACUGGUGCUUUAAACCUAUGAAGCCAUCAGUAGUUAAUGUGUAAGUGCUACUUCUGUCAAACAUAAAAUGACUCUUCAGCAGUUUGAGGAAGAAUAAAAUCAAAUAAAACCAUCAGUUGCCUGCCAUUUUACAUGUAAGAUCGUUUUACAGUUCUCUGAAAUACACAGGCAAUGUUAAUUCCUCCAGGUUUUCCAGCUGUAUGAAAAUUCCAUCAACAGCGGCAGAGGAACUGGACCAGGAAGUUGUAGAGGAAGUGAGGAAGUUGGCACAGGCACUGUGUUUAUAUGGUAUUUUUUAUUUUAUUUUUUUGCAUGGUUUGGCUUUUUCUAAACUUAAAACUCACCAUACUGGUGCUGUAGCAGAGUAUGCAGGUCCAUACCAAGACAGAAGAAAGGGUCAUAAUUUCUCUGUGCUCCUUGAUUUUUUCUGUAUUUCCUUUUAAAGACUUUUCAGUAGAAAAACCUGACUCCAGAUGAACCGCAUGUACAACCAUUACUUAUGCAUUCCUCCUUCAUAAA